AGUGAAUCCAAAUCUCUCAGCCAUGCCUCGUCCCUGCAAGCGAAAGCUUCGGCCCCUCUCCGAUGACGACUCAGAUGGGCCGGACACAUGCGACGCGGCCCAGGCCGCCUCGCCUGCAGGGCGGCAUGCCCCUGGCAUUGGCACCACGAGAUCCACUUCCGGCAGCCCAAGCAGCUCUGAAAGCUCCCAGGUGCCCCAAAAAUCGGGGGAAGACGUGGAAGCAGCUGCGGAAGAAGCUGAGCAGACUUCACCUGGGAAGUUUGAAGAGAUGGAUGAGAUGGGUAGCCAGUUGAUGGCUGAUCAGCAAGCCGCUCGGAAGCCUGCCAGGCAUCGUGCAAGACGUGCCGUGGCCAAAGCUCCGUCUGGUGAGUCACAGCGCCAGCCCAUUCAGCCCAUACCCACGGAAGAGAUCAUAGAGCCUGAAGCUUUCGAGCUGAACCUUGCUUACCCCAAGCCUCGAUCCAAGUUCGUCAGUUUGUUGUGGGAGUUUGCCUCGCCUCCCACGCCUAUGCUGUCUGUGGACGUGGACUGAGUUGCUGGGAUGUGCUUAGUUGGACUAUCCCGGGAUUUGGCAUUAAUAGGGCUGCAUGAUUUUGGCCUGACCUGUUGGCAUGACAAGACUCCAAGUUCAGCUCAGCAUGUUGUCAGUAUGUGCUAGUUCUGACUGGAUGUCACUG